GCGUGCCCGCCUUGCGCGUCCCGAGCGUGACACCGGCUUGCGUGUUCACGCGCUCCGUAGAAAGGCAGCCGUCCAUCACGCGCACCUUUCGCCCAACACGGGGAUUUUUAUUUUUUAGAAGUGAAAUCAACUCCAAAAUUCUCAUCAUAAAUAUCAAUAACUAGAAAAGGUGUAAGGUCACGAGUUGGAGGGAUUUGUCGGGGGCUUGAUCCAGCAGCGAGCCCGGGAAGGAGAGGAGCAAACCAGGCGGGGGCGGGGGGGCGCCAUGGAUGGGAUGCAGGCGUACGGAGCCGGGAAAGCCGGAGGAGCCUUCGAUCCGGUCACCUUCUUCCAGCAGCCUCAGACGAUACUCCGCAUCGUGUCGUGGCUCUUCUCCAUCGUCAUCUUCGGCUGCAUCGCCAACGAGGGCUACAUCAACCGACCCGACGAGGUGCAGGAGUACUGCAUUUUCAACCAGAAUCCGAACGCCUGCAACUACGGCAUCUUCAUGGGCUCCGUGGCCUUCCUGUGCUGCGUGGCUUUCCUGGCCCUGGACGUCUACUUCCCGCAGAUCAGCAGCGUCAAGGACCGCAAGAAGGCGGUGCUGGCUGACAUCGGCGUGUCGGCCUUCUGGUCCUUCAUGUGGUUCGUGGGCUUCUGCUUCCUGGCCAAUCAGUGGCAGGCCACCGACCAAAACGACGACCCGUUGAGGGAGCGCGGGGACGCCGCCCGAGCCGCCAUCACCUUCUCCUUCUUCUCCAUCUUCACUUGGGUACGUAACAAGGCUUGGACGGACGACCUUCCUCUGUGCCAGCUCUGUGGCGUUGGCACUGCACCCAACUGCGAGUAUGGCCCCGAUGGCAAAGGCACGCAGAGCCACCCCAAUGAGGACACGCAUCUCCGUUUUAGGAGCGAGGACGGCUGCUCCCUGUACGGCGUCUUCAACGGCUACGACGGCAGCCGAGUGGCCAGCUUUGCGUCGCAGUGUCUUACGGCCGAACUCCUGCUGGAGCAACUCAGUGCCGACCACAAGGAAAGCGACGUGCGCAGGAUUCUCACGCAGGCAUUUGAAGCGGUGGAGAAAAGCUACCUGCACACCAUUGACGACGCUUUGGCAGAGAAAGCUAACCUGUCUGGCUACGUGCUACCACAUAGCGAGAAGCUGCAGGAGCGCUUGAAGGAGUUGGAGCAGGAAGUGUCGGGAGGAGCCAUGGCCAUUGUGGCGCUCAUCCUUAACAACAAACUCUACAUAGCCAACGUCGGUACCAACCGAGCUCUGCUGUGCAAAACCACCAGCGACGGCCAGAACCAGUUCUUUCAGCUGGGCCGACCUCACAGCACCGAUAACGACGACGAGCUGCAGAGACUGGCCGCGCUGGGUUUGGAUUCGGCCCGCGUGAGGCAGGCGGGCCAGAUCGCCGGACAGAACAGCACCAGGAGGCUUGGAGACUACCGGGUCAAAAUCAACUACAGUGAUAUCGACCUGCUCAGCGCGGCCAAGACGAGGCCCAUUAUAGCCGAGCCGGAGAUCCACGGCAGCCAGUCGCUGGAUAGCGUCACGGGCUUCCUGCUGCUCAUGUCGGAAGGACUCAUCGACGCCCUGGAGUGCGCGCACGGGCCCGAGCUCGUCAACAAGGAAAUCGUGGCCAUGGUGGCGGCCGAGCUGGCGCAGCAGAGCACCCUGGAGGCGGCGGCCCAGUCGGUGGUGGACCGCGUCAAACGGCUGCACCACGACGUCUACACGUCGGGCCGCCAGAGGGCCACCUUCUGCUCCCGCCACGAGGACAUGACCCUGCUCAUCCGCACGCUCAACUACCCGCUGGCGGACGGCGCCGCGCAAACGCCCACGCAAGGCGGGCGCAUCUACCCGGUGUCGGUGCCCUACUCCAACAGCCAGAGCACCAGCAAAACCAGUGUCACCCUCUCGCUGGUCAUGCCCUCGCAGAGCACCCUGACUAACGGGACCAACACUGGCUCCACCUUGGAGGAGGGAACCCCCACGCCCGGUAGCCAGAGCCCCACGGCCACGCUGCAGUCCACCAACACGCAGACGCAGAGCUCCAGCUCCAGCUCGGGGGACGGCAGCCUGUUCCGCCAGCGGGGCAGCCAGGCGGCGCAGCCUGACGAGACGGGACGCGUGCCGCCCUACGUGGACUUCACGCAGUUCUACCGCCUGUGGGGCGGCGAACACGGCGACGGACAGAUGGCUCAGGGCGUCCCGGGACCUCAGUGAGGCCAGCCGGCGUGGCCGCCAUUCGCACUGCAAAAUGGCCCGGAAGCCUCGGCCGCUUGGAAUUUUGCUUCCAACACGGAUCGCUCCAAACGGUUUGUGCUCGCCGCCAUCUUCAAGUGUCAAGGGACGGACGGACGGACGAACGGACUCGCUCCAAGCCUUCCGGAAGGAUAAAGGUGUCGCUAUCAAAAGAAGAAACUUGGAUUUUAGCAAGAAAUCAAUGCUCACUUUGGAUUGGCACCAUUUAAACAUAGGCAUUAUUUGUUGCCAAUAUUUUCACAUGCUCAUGGAAAUGACUUUGUCCUCCCAAAAUUGGACCCCCACCCCUUGAAAAACAGACAAUGGCUGUGAUACACAAUAACUUCGAAAAGAUCCAACAAUUUUUUUUUUUUUGCCAACAUCGAGAAGACAUUUUUGGCUGGCAAGUACGUCCAAAGGUAUUUGUGAGUACGUUCAAAUAAAUGUUGAUUUGGACCGGUCCUGACCCCGCAGCUCGUAUGCCUGACAAAUCGAUUGUAUAUUGGAUGUCGGGCAAUGUAUGUACCUAAUAUUGUGACCAGAGGGAGGGUAUGUCUCAUUUAAAUGGAUUGCAAAUGAUAUGACCUGGACUUGUUUUUACAUUUGAAUGCUCAAUGUACUUUUUUUGUAUUAUGAUUCUAUAAUAAAGAGAUAUGUAGAAUACAUCA